AUGGAAUCUGUCACUACCAACGUGCCAUACGAGAGCACACCAUUGGCUGUCGCCUACCGCAUAAGUGCGAUUGAAUUCAAUCUUGAUCCAAUUUAGCAUACAUUAAAAUUCAAUUUAAUCAUUU